AUGACGAACUACCUCAUGGCCAAAAUCACUCAAGCGUGCGACGCUUCGAUGAAGAAAAAAUACCCGACCAGCCGACGUGCACCAGUUUAUUGGUGGAAUGAGCAAAUAGCGGACUUGCGACUGCAAUGCAACAGAGCGAGAAGAAACUACCAGCGUGCCAGAAGGUCUGAAAGCUUUACCGGCGAACAUGCUAUAUACAGAGCUAAACGCAAGGAGCUUAAACAAGCCAUUAAGCUCAGCAAGCGAAAGUGCUUUACUAGCUUGUGUGAAAGCGUCCAAAAUGACCCCUGGGGCUUAGCAUAUAAAGUUGUGACGAAAAGGCUGAAGGCGUCGGUUCGACCACAGGUAUUAUGCCCAAAUAAGCUGGAGACGAUAAUAAAGGCGUUAUUCCCAAUGCAACCAAGUUUUGCGAGAGAAAUCUUUCCUGCUACGAUGUUCGAGUUUCCCAUGGUGAGCACGGAAGAAGUACUUCUUGCGGCCAAGCGAUUUAAAGAUAAAAAAUCACCGGGGCCGGAUGCAAUUCCAAAUCGUGUCCUCAAGCUUGCUGUAGCUGCGAACCCUAAAGUGUUCGUCGAUAGUUUUAACGAAUGCUUUAAAGAAGGAGUAUUUCCAGAUGCAUGGAAGCGCCAGCGGCUAGUUCUAUUGCCGAAAACUGGGAAGCCACCAGAAGAUCCCUCAGCAUAUCGUCCUAUAUGCAUGUUGGAUACGACGGGCAAGUUGUUCGAACGCAUAAUCAGCGAUAGACUGCUAGAAGCAAUCGAGGAAAAGGGAGGCCUCUCAGAGACACAGUUCGGCUUCAGAAAGGGGCGGUCAACGGUAGAUGCAGCCAGUUUAGUAAAGCAGUUGGCGGAAGAUGCAAUCAGUGGCGAAAGGUGGAAGGGAGGAGCAAAGGAGUACUGCUUGCUUGUCACCCUCGAUGUAAAAAAUGCGUUCAACACAGCAAGUUGGAAACACAUAAACGCUGCUCUACGCAGAUUCGAGGUACCCGCAUACCUUCGCAAGAUUGUAGACAACUACCUAGCAAAUAGAGUGCUACUGUACAAUACGGAGAACGGUGUCAAAGAAUAUAAAGUCUCGGCUGGAGUACCACAGGGUUCGGUUCUGGGUCCAAUACUCUGGAAUAUCAUGUACGAUGGUGUACUCCGACUAUCCUUGCCAGAACGAGUGAAAAUUGUCGGAUUUGCUGACGACAUAGCGCUAGUGGUGGUAGCGAAGCAUCUAGAAGAAAUAAUUACCGCAGCAAAUAGUUCAAUCGUCCAGAUCCAAGCAUGGCUGGCCGAAACAGGACUGGAACUUGCGCACCAAAAAACCGAGACAGUUCUAGGUCAGUGCUACACACCCGAUAUUAAUUGCUACCGUCAGUAUAACAAUAUGCAAGUUUCCAGUGGCUAA